AUGAGCACCAAGAGCAUCAUUUUAUUGCCCAAAGUGGGAUUGGCAGGGGAAAGCAUCAGCUUCUGGCUGGGCCAGAGCCAAGGAGGGCUCCCCUAUGCCCGCCUCGAGGAGAGGGACAAGCGCUCCGCCAGCACGCGAGGGCUGAUGCACAGCAGGACAGCGAAGUGUGUCCUGCCGGCAGUCCUGGGCAGCGGCCUGGGACCCGGCACCUACCACCUGCGGAGCAGCAUCGAGGAGGGGCUGCGACGGGCGGGCGGCCCUGGCCCCUGCCAGCCCUUCUCAGGGGACAGGUCAAAGCCCACCGGUGGUGGCCAUCACACCUUGGAGAGGAGAGGCACCGAGCUGAGCACUGACGCUGUCAAGGGUUUCCUGGACAAGCUGAUGUUGAAGAACAAGAAGAAAGGCUGCUUCAGCACUCUGCCAAGGAACCCGCUCUGCUCCAUGGAGAGGAUCUUCUGGGCUACGCUCAGCUAGUGCCCGAGAGAGGCUGUCAUGUGCGAUGGGGCUGGGCUCCGACAACCCAAAGCAGAGAGAUCAGCGUACUCCAGCCAACCCCCAUUCUGGUCAUCCACCAAGAGAUUUGACAGAAAGUCCUACCACCUCUUUACUGAGAACAAGCAGCAUGAGCAGCACGUUGCAGAGCCAGUGCAGAACACUGUAGGUGUUGGUCGCUGCGACAUCACUGAGCAUGAAAAAUACUCUCAGAAGAUGAGAUACCAGUCCCUGUACCAGUGUGACGCACAGCGGUACCUGAGCAACUUGAAGCAGGAUGCCUACUUGCUCAAGCGGCUCAAGCCUGUUGCUAAAAACAACUGGAGUGAUUUGAUUUCUGCUCCACGUUGUCCAGAUACCUCUGAAGAAAUCACUGCUGUUUUCCAAACAUAA